AUGGAUGAAUUUGAUCAAGAGAAGACCUCCUUUGUUGCAAGCCAGGGACUAUUUUACUACAAGGUGAUGCCUUUCGGACUCAAAAAUGCUGGGGCAACAUACCAAAGGUUAAUAAACAAGAUGUUUGCGCACCAGAUUGGCAGGACUGUACAAGUUUAUGUUGACGACAUGUUGGUGAAGAGUCUGCGUGAAGACGAUCACCUAGACGACCUCAGGGAGACCUUUGACAAACUCCGAUCAUUCAACACGAAGCUGAAUCCAAACAAGUGCGCCUUCAGAGUGACGAUGGGGAAAUUCUUGGGCUUCAUGGUGUCCCAAAGAGGUAUAAAGGUCAACCUGGAGAAGUUACUAGCCAUAAUGGAAUUGGAACCACCAAGGACAGUAAAAGAGGUCCAGAGUUUGAAUGGAAAAAUCGCAGCCCUGAACAAGUUCGUCUCGAGAGCAAUGAAUAGAUGCAUGCCUUUCUUCUGCACUCUAAGAAAAUCAUUUGAGUGGAUGGACGAAUGCCAGACAGCAUUUGACAACUUAAAGGCAUAUCUUUCCUCUCCAUCGUUGCUCAGUCCAUCCAAGCCAGGAGAAGAGCUUUACUUGUAUUUAGCCGUUUCACAGGCCGCUGUAAGAGCAGCUUUGGUAAGAGAGGAAGAUGGAUCGCAGAAACCAGUCUACUUUAUGAGCCGAGCGCUCCGAGGGGCAGAAGAGAGGUACCCUCAAAUGGAGAAGUUGGCUUUCGCGUUGAUAAUCACAGCGCGAAAACUCAAACUGUACUUCCAAGCACAUACCAUCGUUGUCUUGAUGGACAAGCCCCUAAGAAAAGCUAUAAGUAGUCUAGAGGCAGCAGGAAGAAUGACUUUGUGGGCAGUGGAGCUCAGUGAGUUUGAUAUACAAUACUGUCUGCGAACGGUUGUAAAAGGACGAGCUGGAGGGGCCGGCGUGGUAAUCCAAACCCCGGAAGGAGAUAAGAUCCGUUGUAUGAUCAGACUAGAUUUCCUCCCAACCAACAACGAGGCAGAAUAUGAAGCCUUGGUGGCAGGGCUAGACCUCGCAAAAGUUGCAGGUACGGAAAACAUAGUCGUACAUUGUGACUCACAGGUAGUGACGAGUCAGAUUAAUGGCGGAUACGAAUGUAAUAAUGAAAGGAUGAAGAGGUAUCUAGAAGAAGUGAAGUACCGAAUCGGCGACCUCGAAGUCAAAUUCGUCCAAAUCCCAAGGGAAGAAAACGAAUGUGCCGACCAUCUAGCAAAAGUUGUCUCAGUAGAAUUUAUGCUUGUCCCCGAACAGGUAUUAUCCUUUGUUCAAGCCUCCUCACUUAUUGAUGACGAAAUGAAUAUGAAGGUAGUAGACACUGAACGCAAUUGGACUACGCCAUUGAUGUCAUAUCUGAGAACCGGCGUGUUACCAGACGAGAAGGACGCCGCUAGAAAGUUGAAGGUCCGGGCAUCACGAUUUACGUUGAUAAAAGAUGUCUUAUACAAAAGAGGGUUCUCUCAACCAUACAUGAGGUGUCUAGGCUAUGAGGAAGCAAAUUACGUAAUGAGAGAAAUCCAUGAGGGCAUUUGCAGAAACCACUCAAGAGCAUGGUCGGUAGUACACAAGAUGAUCCGAACAGGAUACUAUUGGCCCACAAUGCUGAAGGACGCGCAAGCUUAUGUCAAGUCCUGUGACAAGUUUGGCAUAGACUAUUUCACUAAGUGGGUAGAAGCAGAGGCCUUAGCAACUAUCACGGAGAAGAACAUCCGAAGUUUUGUCUGGAGAAAUAUCAUAUGCAAGUAUGGGAUACCCAGAGUGCUGGUCUCAGACAACAGUAGGCAAUUUGACAACAAUGCAUUCAGAGACUUCUGCUCGGAGCUAGGGAUCAAGAAUCACUACUCGUCGCCCGCACACCCACAAGCUAAUGGGCAAGUAGAAGUCACGAACCAAUCCUUUCUCAAGAUAAUCAAGACUCGACUCGAGGGGGCAAAGGGUGUCUGGCUGGACGAACUACCAAGCGUUCUAUAUGCAUACCGGACUACAGCAAGAACACCCACUGGAGAAACGCCAUUUCAACUAGUAUACGGAAGUGAAGCUGUCAUUCCCGCAGAAGUGGGGCUCACAAGCUACCAGGUGAAGAACUACGACAAGGAUAAGAAUGAAGAGGCCAUGCACCUUUAG